AUGACCACCACCAUCACCGUUUUUGGCGCUACGGGCAACCAAGGUGGCUCAGUCGCCCGGUCUCUUCUUCAGAACCCAUCCUUCCGGGUCCGCGCCAUUACGCGGAACCCGAACUCCGAGGCCAGUCGCUCUCUUGCCUCGUCUGGGGCCGAAAUUGCCCAGGCCGAUGGAUUCAACAAGGACGAGGUGCUGGCUGCAUUCCAGGGCUCGUGGGGGGCCUUUGUCAAUCUGAACUCGGAUGAUAAGAUUUUCAAAGCCCCUGGCGGCCCGACCGAGUUUGAUUUAGGAAAGGCAAUUGUCGACGCGGCGGUCCAGGCUGGCGUGAAGCACCUGGUUUUUAGCUCGGGCCCCCCCUGUGCCGAGAUGACUGGUGGUAAAGUAAAGAUGAACGCCAUGGAAAUGAAAUUCAAGAUCGAACAGUACGCAAGCCAGCCGGGCAAGUUCGAGACCGUCACUCCUAUUAAUGCCGGAUGGUAUCUAGAGAAUUUCCUGGCUAAAGAGGCUGCUCCGAUAUUUGGCGGCUUCCCCUAUGUUCCCGAUGAGGACGGAUACCUCACCUUUCGAGUGCCCCACUGGGGUGGCGACAACCAGGUGCCGUUUCUGAGCGUUCGUGAGGACUACGGAGACAUUGUUCACGGCAUCUUUCUCGACCCGGCGAGGUACAAUGGUCACGUCGUCCAUGGCGCGAGCCAUUUGCUUCCUUUUGAGCAGUUGGUGGCUGACUUUGAAGACGCAACUGGGAAGAAAUCUCGGUUUGAGCCCGUCCUACCAUCAUGGGAGGCGUUCGACAUCUGUGGGAUCCCUGAGAUGGAGGAUGUAAAGCUCAUGUUUGGCUUCGCGCAGACGACGGGGGGUCGAUACUUUGGCCCCGAGCCCAGCGAGAUCAAGACGGCGGCGAAGUUGAAGAAAGCCACAGCGAUGGCCUUGGGGAGGCCAAAGACACGAGAACUGCUGAUUACUCCAAGGGAGUGGUUCGGGGCACGCUUUGGCACGGAGACUUGA